GGGUUCCCUAUCCUCCAGCAUCCCGGCAUGCCGCUCGCGGCCUUACCCUUCAGAGGACAUCAUUCGAAGAGGACGGAAGGAGGUGUACUUUAGAGGAGUUAAUACCGUGUGUUAAAUCAGUGAAGAUGGCUGAAGCAAUUCAGGAGAAGAUCAAGAACUACAGGACCGCUCCCUUUGAUGCUCGUUUCCCCAAUACGAACCAGACCCGCAACUGCUUCCAAAACUACCUUGAUUUUCACAGGUGUAACAAGGCUCUCUCCGACAAAGGACAGGAUGUAGCUCCAUGUGACUGGUAUCAGCGGGUCUACAAGAGUCUUUGCCCAAUGAGCUGGGUCAGCAAGUGGGACGAGCAGAUUGAGAGUGGCAGUUUUCCUGGGAAGAUCUGACGGACUACCCCGCGACCCCUCACUCGUCUCUUCAUGACUUUCAAACAUUCUUAACGUUCUACUAUGGCACUGGCCUGCGCUCACUCAUCAUUUGUCCUCAACUUUGACCUGCAAGUGAAAACAAGUUUUACACUGUUUAUUUUAUUGUUUUUUUUUUUUUUUUUUUUGCAAACUCGGUUUGAUGAGUUUUAGUGACUGCUGAACUGGACAAACUUUGUAAAGGGGAGAAGAAAAAAAAAUUCUCGCUUAUUUGUCAAAGUUAAGGACCAGUGUUGAUUGAACCCCAGCCAUUUUGUCAUUCUGUUUAAUGUUUGUUACAAAAUAAUUUAAUAAAGCUGGUCAGGUAACCUAA